CAUACUUGGAGUCCAGCGUUCCAGUCUAUUUGUGGUCCCCACCAGCUUCCACAGCCUGAAAAUCUUCCACGACGUUACAACCAGGACCCCGCUGUACUGAGAGCUUCCCCGCACAAUGACGACUAAAGACCCUAAGCUUGGUGUCCCGAAGCUCGACGUACCACAGCUUCAGGCAGGUGGAGGUAUAGCUGCAGGCACCACGAAAGCUCGCGAGAUCGAUGCACUAUCUCCACUUCUAGUCAAGCACCUAAGAGCUAUUCACAGCGAGCUCGAGACAAAUUACAGACUUGAGUCGAUGGAGGGACAGAUCCGGUGGCUCGCGGAGGAGCAGCAAUGCUCAGAACGUGAUGCUGAACUUCUGAUGGAUGGCUCUUUCCCGCACUUUGCUGACUACUUCUUAUCCGGUUCGGCGAAUGCUGUGAGGGCUGCGCAGCCUGUCGACGAGUCAUAUCCACUCUCGAAUUACUUCAUCUCUUCGAGCCACAAUACAUAUUUGACCGGAAACCAGCUGGCGAGCGAUUCAAGCGCGGAUGCAUACAAGAAUGUCCUUCUUCGAGGCUGUCGCUGCGUCGAAAUCGAUGUCCAUGAUGGCUCAGAUUCAAGCUCUGAUGAGGAAGAUGCGAUAAAUAGCGGAGCACCGAAAGUGAAGAAAGAAAAAAAGUCAAGAACGGGGUUGAGCAUACGCAAAAGACUCGAAGCUCGAUUCAGUAAGAAAGAGGAAUCGCACACUCAAGAGACAACAGCAACCACGUCAGAGCACGGAGUUGAGCCGUGGAGAACGACAUCUGCCAGAGUGGAACCCAGAGUAUACCACGGCUACACCAUGACAUCGGAUAUGCCUUUUCGAGCAGUAUGCGCUACGAUCAGGGACUACGCCUUCCAAGUAACGAAGUUACCGCUCAUUGUCAGCAUCGAAGUACAUGCGAACUACGAGCAGCAGGAGAUCAUGGUGGAACUUAUGAACGAAUACUGGCAGGGAAUGCUGAUUGGCCCUCUUACUGACCCCUCUCACGACUACAACUCUAUCGAUCUACCAACACUGAAAGAGCUGGAAGGCAAAAUCCUCGUUAAAGUCAAGCGCGCACAUACUAAGCCUGUGGUUACGGACGGGCAAUCAGCUACUCUUCAAGCACCAGCUUCUUUGCAGAAGACGACAAGUGCUGAAUCUACAAUCUCGACUGAUACCGAGUCUGAAGAGACAGGGAAGAAGGCAAAACCCAAACCCAAGCUUAUCGACACGCUGUCGAUGCUUGGUGUGUAUUUCGGAGGUUACCACUUCAAAAGUCUUGACGCGCCAGAGGCGACGAUACCCACCCACAUAUUCUCUCUAUCUGAGAAAACUCUGAUGGAAGUUCACGAAACAAACGCCGCUGCGCUCUUCCACCAUAACAAGCACUUCUUCAUGCGAGCAUAUCCCAAGGGCCUUCGCAUAACCUCAUCGAACCUGAAACCCGCUGUCUUUUGGAGUGCAGGCGUCCAGAUAGUGGCCCUCAACUGGCAGCGUUGGGACGGUGGCAUGAUGCAAAACGAGGCCAUGUUUGCAGGUACCGGCGGUUGGGUCCUCAAGCCAGAAGGCUACCGUAAUGCCAGUUAUGAUCAAACACCAAGAACAGCAAUUCCACAUCACAACCUGGACCUCAGUAUCGAGUUUCUUGCAGGGCAGGAUAUUCCCUUGCCGCCCGAGGAGACUGACCCAAGCCAUUUGAAGCCCUAUGUCAAAGUCGAACUGCACACCGAGAGGCACGGAGAACUCCGUUCGGAGCCAAUGACUGGAGAUGGUCGAAGCAGCAAAGGCGACCUCAAGGUGAAGACUAAGACCUACAGGAGCACGGAUCCUGACUUCGGACGCGAGGUUGUUGAAUUCAGGGGUAUACAAGGUGUGACAGAGGAGCUGACAUUCGUGAGGUAAGUGGGUCUUAUUUCUUUUUUCUUCCCGCAGGAGAUGCAGGUCGCCAUGGGAUCCUCGUGUUCCCGGGUACCGGGGUCAUUGCCAGCAUGUCCAUGUCCGAAACUGUUUGCCAGUCCACAUUCGAUAAUCGACGCGG